ACGUGAAAACAGUAAACGAGAGGAAACAAAACAGAAAGGGACAAAGAAAGGGCGAGAGGCUUAAAAACAGAGAGAAAGGACAACGAAGGCGACCUCAUCGCGGUUGUCGUCAUCAUCAUUUUUCGAUCUCUCAUCCUCCUCCUCCUCCCUCUUCCUCCUCGGAUUUCUCUCCACCGUUACAUAAUCUUGGAAGAUGCCGGUGUCAAAAUCCAAGUCCGCCUCCAAGGAUAAGCCCUCUGCUAGGGCAGCUGCGAAGAAACAGCCGAAGGCUUCAAAAAACUCUGCUUCUAAAAAUACAAACAGGAGUCCGGCUACGACCGCUCACAAUCCAGUUGAUGAAGUGGUUCAUACAGUUGAAAUAUCAUCAUCACUAGCUGCUUCUUCACUGCACUCUGACAACGGUCACUUCCAGAAUAUGGAAGAUACAGAUGACCACUCUAGCAGUCCACGUGGUACAGUAUCUGAUUUUGAUCUGUCUUCCAACAACGGUAGCUGCUCGGGUGAGUCAGAGGAUCCAAAAGAGAAGGCAGCCGAUUCUUCGACCCAGCAGGAGAGAACACCUGGAUGUGACCAUGACAAGCGGGAGAAGAUUCGUCUAAAGAAUGAGAAGAAACACCAGAGACAGAAAGAGAAACGGGCUCAGGAGUUGCACGAGCGAUGCAAAGGUUAUCUAAUGUCUAGAAAGCUUGAAGCUCUUUCUCAGCAACUGGUCGCCAUGGGGUUCUCUUCUGAAAGAGCUACCAUGGCACUAAUGUUAAACGAGGGCAAGCUAGAGGAAUCAGUCUCCUGGCUCUUUGAAGGAAAUGAGGAAGAAGCUCGGAACAAGGAUGCUGCUAGUAUUACAAGUGGGGGCAACUUGAAGAUUGAUAUUGGCAAUGAGCUUGCUCAUAUCUCGGCUCUUGAAGCACGGUACAAAUGCUCAAAGAAAGAGGUAGAAAGAGCUGUAGUUGCUUGUGGAGGUGAUCUUGAUAAGGCGGAAGGUAUUCUAAGAGAACAAAAGCAGAAGGAACCUGUCAAUCAGUCGAAUCAUGAAGUAGUUGAAACAAAGAGUAUACCAAGAGCUCAAGAAAUGUCUGGGUCUGCUUCCGUCCUUACAAUGCAGUCGAGCAAAAAUGAACGAGAAUUUAGCCGUAAUAGUGCUGCUAUGACAGUGCCAGCAUGGUUAGAAGCUGGCAACAGAAGCGUACAGCAGUCUUUGAAGACGACAGAUCAACCAAGGCUGCUGAGGGGAGGGGAGAAGAGAUGGCCUGCUGUAGGAUCAGGCCUUUCUUCGUCGACUUCAACGCCACCGUUGCCAGUAGUUCAUCAUCCAUAUGUAAAGGCAGGGGCUCAAAUUGGUGUUUUGAAAAACGAAGCAAUCAGUCUGCGGCGAGAGAUACAGGAGCAGCCAGUAGAGCCAGUAGUUUUUAUGCAGCAGCCCCAAUCCAUAAAUGGAUUGCAGAACUCUUUCUCCAGCCCCAUGCUUCCUGGAACUACUUCAUGGUAUUCAAACAAUGCUCCAGCCAUUAAAAACAUCAUUUCAAGUGACAAAUUGCUGCACAAUCAUAGCAGGGCGAGCCUCGGUGCAGAAAACAGAAGGUUAGAGCAGAUCUACCAUCAGCAGACGGCUGUCCAUAAUCAACCACAAUUCAUGGCUGGUCCAGUUGAAAUGCUAUCAUCAGCAGGGCUCGAUAUACCGUGGACGAAAGAGAACGCGUCUUCAUCGCACGCAUUCCCUUCCGAACCGCAGAGUUUGUGGAAAACUGGUGGGGGAAAUGUAUCUUCAUUCGCAGUCCCAUCUUCUUAUGGAUCAAAUUCCACCCUCCACAGCCACAGCCACAGCCAGGGCACAGCACAAACAUCUGGGUUGUUGUCACAGAUGGACUGGAACAUCGGCGGGUUGAUGCCGUAUUGCGAUUACAACAGAAUAGAUUGGACUCUGCAUAGCCCGUCAGCAACCCGAUCGAGCGAGUUGUCUCCGGGUCUUUCUUCGUCAUUGAGGAAUGGUUCCGGGAUGAGGCUGUGUGAACUUGGGAUGCAGGGGGGUGGGGGAGGCGUUAAAGAUAUGUCAUCUUCAGGUGGUUUGCGGGAUUGGACCUCUCCUUUUGCAGGAAAUGACCUAUUCAGUGCGCCCAGGCAACUUGUUACUUCUCCAUUUCCUUAGUUUUGGGGGGGUAUAAUGGGGAAUUAAGUGUAAAACAUGUGUGCCUGAUUGUGUUACUUUAUGGCCUUUUCCUGCUGCUGUGUUGUAGUUUGCCAAUGAAGGUGCAUCAACUAGUGUGGCUAAUAAUUUCAUUAUCUUUUGCCUGCGCCUCUGAAUAUUAUCUUUACCACCGGCCUAGUCUUCUCAUUUCAAAUAUAUAACCACAUACGAUUAUUAUUUAGUUUUAAAACAAGUUUGCCUU